AUGGAUGAAGAGGCUUCUUCUUGGAUUAGGAGGACUAAGUUUUCUCAAACUGUUUCUUACCGUCUGAAUUCCCAAAGGCUAGCUUCUCUUCCUUUUAUGGUUAACAACCAAGACAAGACUUCUUCUGGUGCACUGAAAGCAAAGCCACCUCUUAGAUCAUCUUCUUCAUCCUCUUCAUCUUCAUUGGAUCCGAAGUUGGUUUCGAGUAACUCACAGACUGCUACUGAAGAUACCACCAGUUUGGUGGAGGCUGAUGUAUAUGUUGUUGAUUCGGAGAUACAGACAAACCCUGUGACUAACAAGCAGAGAUCUGUCUCUCCCUCGCCUCAGAUGGCUCUUCCUGAUGUGUUUAAGGAAGCUAGGUCUGAGCGUAAGAGGUUUUCUACUCCUCAUCCAAGAAGGAUUGAAUCGGAGAAGGGGAUGAAGCCUAAGCUUUCUCAUAAGAACUCCUUUGACAAGAGAUCGUUCAACUUGCGGUCUCCUUCUGGUCCUAUCAGAGAUCUAGGCACUUUGAGAAUUCAAGAGAGGGUGAAGAGCAAGAAGGACACUGGGUGGUCUAAGCUUUUUGAUAAUACUGGCCGUAGAGUCAGUGCUGUGGAAGCUUCUGAAGAGUUCCGCGUUGAUAUGUCAAAGCUCUUCUUUGGGCUUAAGUUUGCUCAUGGGUUAUAUAGCCGGCUAUACCAUGGUAAGUAUGAAGAUAAAGCUGUUGCUGUGAAGCUUAUCACUGUCCCUGAUGAUGACGAUAAUGGAUGCUUGGGAGCUCGUUUAGAGAAACAGUUUACCAAAGAAGUCACCCUUUUGUCGCGAUUGUCCCAUCCAAACGUCAUAAAGUUUGUGGGAGCAUAUAAAGAUCCGCCUGUAUAUUGUGUCCUCACACAGUAUUUACCUGAAGGAUCCUUAAGAUCUUUUCUGCACAAGCCCGAGAAUAGGUCUCUUCCUUUGAAACGGCUCAUAGAAUUUGCUCUAGAUAUUGCAAAAGGAAUGGAAUAUAUUCACUCACGACAUGUUAUUCAUCGGGAUCUUAAGCCAGAAAAUGUAUUGAUUGACGAAGACUUCCAAUUGAAGAUCGCUGACUUUGGUAUAGCGUGCGAGGAAGAGUACUGCGACAUGUUGGCUGAUGACCCUGGAACAUAUAGGUGGAUGGCACCUGAAAUGAUAAAACGGAAACCACACGGACGUAAGGCUGAUGUUUACAGUUUUGGACUCGUUUUAUGGGAAAUGGUAGCUGGAGCAAUCCCGUAUGAGGACAUGAAUCCUAUUCAAGCUGCUUUCGCAGUCGUACACAAGAACAUUAGGCCAACUAUCCCAGCAGAUUGUCCAGCAGCCAUGAAAGCUCUGAUAGAGCAGUGUUGGUCGGUUGCACCGGAUAAGAGACCAGAGUUCUGGCAGAUAGUGAAAGUGCUUGAACAGUUUGCGAUUUCACUGGAACGUGAAGGGAACCUGAAUCUGUCUUCGAACAAGAUCUGUAAGGACCCAAGGAAAGGUCUGAAACAUUGGAUCCAGAAGCUUGGACCAGUCCACGGAGGAGGAGGCGGUGGCAGCAGCAGCAGCGGCCUUGGUGGCUCAGCCUUGCCUAAGCCUAAAUUCGCUUGAGAGACGUGAAGAGUCUCUUUUGUAAAUUUAUAUAUAAUACAAAAAAGAAGGGUUUCUGUGUUUUUGUUGUAUCCUUUUUUGUGGGUUGUUGUUGUUGUUAGUGAUGUUUCAUCGUCAAUGUCAUCUUCUCUGGAUUUGUUGUGUAAUGACUUGCCAACUGGGGAAUGGUUGUGAUUUGAUGUUUAUGGAAUUCAAUUUCGCUUCUACU